GAUGAGCGUGCUGAACGAGGGCAGCGAGACAUAUAAUUUCAUGCCGCAGUUGCUGAGGGACGCGAGGGAGCCUGGCCCGACGGCGCGGAACCAGUGCGUCCCCAAGCAGCUCCUGAAGGUGGCGUACCAGCUCCUCAUCAGGUACCUCGUGAUCGGCCUGUCGAUAUGCAGGUGGAUGGCCAAG